CGGGGCGGGCCUACUCAAAGACCCGCAGGGAUUGAAACGCAGCUGCACCCUGGGUAUUAGUUGCAGACUUUCGUGUUAGCCCCCUCGCGCUCACCGGUCCACCGGCUGGUUCCUCUCUCACUGUGACUCGGUACACGGUUGGAGAAAAUGCCCGACGCCAACUGGAAGCCUUUUGUUUUCGGCGGGCUCGCUUCCGUGACGGCAGAAUGCGGGACUUUCCCCAUCGAUCUCGCCAAGACGCGUCUCCAGAUCCAAGGCCAAGUAGGCGACAGCAGAUACCGAGAGAUCCGGUACAGAGGCAUGCUCCAUGCUAUCGUGAGGAUAGUGCGCGAGGAGGGGGUCCUCGCGCUGUAUUCAGGAAUAGCUCCUGCUAUGCUGCGACAGGCCUCCUAUGGGACCAUAAAGAUUGGCAUAUACCAUAGCUUGAAGCGAUUUCUUGUUGAUAGACCAGAGGAUGAGACAUUGCUGACUAAUGUGAUGUGUGGUGUUCUCUCUGGAGUCAUCUCGUCCUCCAUCGCCAACCCCACUGACGUGCUGAAGAUCCGCAUGCAGGCUCAGGGCAAUGUGAUCCAGGGCAGUAUGAUGGGCAACUUCAUGAACAUCUACCAGCAGGAGGGAACGAGAGGACUGUGGAAGGGCGUGUCUCUCACGGCUCAGCGGGCGGCGAUCGUGGUCGGGGUCGAGCUGCCGGUGUACGACAUGACCAAGAAGCAUCUGAUCCUGUCGGGUCACAUGGGAGACAACGUGUACACGCACUUUGUUUCCAGCUUUGCAUGUGGUCUGGCGGGGGCGUUGGCCUCCAACCCAGUGGACGUAGUCCGGACGCGCAUGAUGAACCAAAGAGGAGCAUCUCUGUACCAAGGAACCAUGGACUGCAUACUGCAGACGUGGCGCUCUGAGGGCUUCAUGGCUCUCUACAAGGGUUUCUUCCCCAACUGGCUCCGCCUGGGACCGUGGAACAUCAUUUUCUUCCUCACAUACGAGCAGCUGAAGAAGCUCAACGUGUGACCGGCGGAGCGAGGCGGGUCGAACACGGAGGAGAGCUCUUGGUCACGCUCCGGGACGAGCCGAGAGGACCAAAGACCGGCCGGAGGGUGUUGGUGGAGCGUUGAUGGAGCCGUGGAACGGGGGGGCAAGGGGCUUGGUGCAGACCCGUGUGUGGAGGGGCGUCGUGCACUCGUCCGUGCCUUUAGAUCGUGACACCGGCCGCCCGAGGCCGAGUCUGCAGAAGGACCGAGGAUGUCGGACGGCGGCCGACAAUCAUUCCCGUUUUGAAAAGAAAACCGUUUGUUGUGCACGAGUCAACAAACUUGGAUUAGGGUGUGGUGUUUUAAUUUUUAAUUUGUCUACAUUUAGUUGAAUGCGCUGCAAUUUAUUUAUUAUUUUUAAGAGUCUCCCGAGCGUACUCGCAGAGUGCAAAGCCAAGAAUGUACGACGGUGUACUGUAAUAAAUAUCAAGUCACAAACACAGCCAGUGUGGCUCCUCAGACUGCACACACACACACACACACACCUACCUUUGUGGCCAUAUGUGGCGAGACUAGUCAUGCAAGCGAGGGCGGACCGUGAAUAUAACGGAGGAUGACUCCCUGGGUUCUUGUUCUUAUGUGUGUUGCGGUAAAAUAAAACGCCGCCGCUAUGUCAGCCUAUACAAUAUCCUGCUUUAGGUUCAGGGCGUCAUUGUUGCUUAAAAGCACCUGAACCGCUGCACAUUUAACUCCAGGUAUUAUUUUUUAUAUACUGCAUUUACUCGCUGAGCUUUGGUUGUAAAGGAUGAACACGUUGCUGUCGCGUGUGCUGCCGAUGUGCACGUUUACUUUGGGUGUCAAGGCUGCUGCUGUUUUGAAAUAAAAAGAAAGGGAAAAAAACAAA